AUGCCGGAACCCGUGAUUGAGCAGUCCAAGGAGUCUCCCACCACGUCGUAUGUACGGAACUUCAUCAAUGCGUUGAUAGUGGUUCUAAUUGUCAUUUUGGGGUACCCGUUAUUCACGUCCACCACGUCGAUAUACCGAGCUGUUUUGCCCAUUGAACGCAUCAAUGGGUUUGACAUCAAUGAUAUCGCGUUUGAGAUACCCGUGACGAUUUUGCUGUCAGAUCGUCGUGAGGAGAAGGAGGAGGUGGUGGUGGUGGAUGAAAGCUAUAUACAGUCGCAGGUCAGCGAAAGGUACCCCCAAAUCGAUUUUUGGUCUUUGAAAUUCACGACGCUGCUGGAGCAUGAGGCCCCGGGCUACAAGGUCGUCAUAGUUGAUGGGGCCUCAACUUCCAAAAAGUUUGAAGUUGACGGCGACACCAUCUCGAUUUUUACUACGCCCGACACCAAUGUCGACGAGUACAUAGCCGAGGUGUUGCUUGACCACGUGUUCAAGGCGGAAUUGCAGAGUCUAUCGACGUUGGCCCGCGGAGAAUCACUUCCAGGAGUGUCGCUCCCCUACAGCGCCAACUACAACUUGGUUUUUUCGCUCUUUGUCGAAGGCGGCAAGCGGAUCAGCUGGGAAAUCGGACAAGCUCUUGAACAAUUCCAGCCUGUUCUCAGCGCGUUGUUGCGUCCCAUUUCGUCGUUUCAAGUCAGCACCCAGAUCCAGUACUAUUCGAAAUUAUCGCAACUAUACCCAAACGGCAAGAUCCCCCAGGAUGAGCUAGCGACAUUUAUCAACUUCGGAGAUUGGAAUUUGGGAAGUAUAGAUAUAAACCCAACUAUAAAUUUCCUCAUCUACAUCCCACAGAAUCACCUUGAAAUUGAAGAGUCUCCAGAUAAUGCAUUUUUGGUUUCGCAAUGGGGCGGGGUCAAGAUUAUGAAUCGGAUGCCCACCAUGUCGCAAUCGACAAUUUCGCAGGAUGAACUUGUGCCGAUACUCGAGAUUUUCGCAAACCACUUGUUGAAGCUCUUGGGGUUACCUGACUCGUGCAUCGAUUCCGUCCCAUUGAGACUAGAGUCCUUGCAACGAAUUAUUACUUUUAAAAACUUGCGAGACUCGCUCGCCAACCUCAAGUCGCUCGUGAAGUUGUCUGAAUCACUAAAGGAAAUCACCGUGCCCGAGGAAACCAAGCAGCAGAUCUUGUUAAGUUUGGACCGCAUGGACCAAGCUAUACAAAGCCAAUCUGUGCUGGAUUCAGGUGAAGCUGUUGACGCGUCGAAUCGAGCAUUUUUUGAAAAGAAGAUGGUUCAACAGGCUUAUUUCCCUAGUGAACACAAACUAGCGGUAUUUUUGCCGUUAUUGGGACCCGUGGGUUCAAUUGUGAUAUUUAGCAUCUUGAAAUUUAUCAAAAAGUAG